UUGCUAGGAUACACUAUAACGCUACAACUAAUUUCUUCUUCGUAUUCUCAAAAUUAUUUUUAAAUACUUACAUACAUAGUAUGUAUUAUUUAUAAAAAGUUACAAUUAAUAGUUUGUGGGUUUCUUUAUAGCUCAUUUCAAGGAAAACAAGCUUUGUGCGCUCGUUUGCCUUCUUUGGUCCUUCUAGGUCACCGUACAGCACGGUCAGCGUGACUGUCAAGGGGGGCGGCGCAACAGAAAGCUUGUAAGUUAAGUUUUAGCUGGUGUCAUAACAUUAUAACGCUUCUGACAUGAAGAUUAUAACUGUGAUUGGCAGUGGGCUGAUAGGCCGCUCCUGGGCUAUGCUGUUUGUCAGUGGAGGCUACAAUGUGAAGAUCUAUGACAACCAACCAGGACAGUCUGCCAAGGCCAUCACAGAGAUCAAGAAACAGCUGGUGGAGCUGGAGGAAGCCCACAUGCUGCGAGGGGAGCUGUCUGCUGCGCAGCAACUUGCCCUUCUCAGCAGUUACGAUGACCUGUCUCAGGCACUGGAUGGAGCCUUCUUUGUGCAGGAAUGUGUAUUUGAGCAGCUGGAGGUAAAGCAAAGCAUCUUCCAUGACAUGGAGCGUUUUGUGGGAAAAGACGUCAUCCUGAGCAGCUCCACGUCCUGCCUAGUGCCCAGCAAAGUCUUUUCUAAAGUCCAGAAUAGGAGUCGCUGCCUCGUCUCUCAUCCGGUAAACCCACCCUACUAUGUAAAACUGGUGGAGCUGGUACCUCACCCAGAGACAGCAGCAGCCGUUAUGGACACCACCCAUGCUCUGAUGACCAAGGUUGGCCAGGCACCUGUCCUUCUGAAAAAAGAGAUCGAUGGCUUUGCCCUAAACAGAGUUCAAGCCGCCAUUAUUGCAGAGUCAUGGAGACUAGUUCAGGAUGGUGUUAUCUCGGUAAAGGACAUCGACCUGGUGAUGUCAGAGGGACUAGGAAUGCGUUACGCCUUCAUAGGUCCCAUGGAAACAAUGCACCUCAAUGCACCUAAAGGUUUGGAAGACUACAUGAGCCGAUAUAGUGAAAAUAUAACAAGGAUGCUGUCUUCCUUUGGGCCUGUGCCGGACUUCUGUGGUGAAGCAGCCAAGAGCGUCAUUAAUGAGAUGUACGAGCUCAUUCCCUGUGACCAGCAGCAUCUGGCAGCCAGGCAGGAGAGGAGGGACCAGUUCCUCAUGCGUCUGGCCAAGCUGAAGAAGGACUAAUAAGCUCAGGGUUCAAACUCAAGAAAAACAACUUAAUUAGGUAGAAAUGUGAUUGUUGAGUUCAACAUAUAAUGAAGACCUUUUUUUCUUUAAACAGGCAUACCUUGACUGAAAAACGGCACUUUUUUAAAAUGAGUAAUGAUCAAUCUUCCUUAUAUGAUGAGUACUAGCAGUAUUAGAACAUAACUCUGGAUUGCUACUCCUUAUGAAUACAAUUUUAACCGGUCUUUUGUUUUUUCUAAAUCUACAGCACGUUUUAACUUUUACUCUACAUCUUGGUUACAAAACCGACUGUGGUAAUAUGUGAAAAACAAUGAUCUCAUUCAGCCACAUUAAUGGUCUCUUGUGUAAACAAAUUUCUUGAAAAUGUGAAUCAGUGUUUUGAUUAAUAAAAAAGAACACAAUAACG